AUGAGCGCCCGCGAUCUUGUCGAGGGAGAGGCCAUGUUGGAUGAUGAGGAGAAUGAAGAGGAAUUGGCCGAUGACUAUGACGGCGAAGGCGAAGCUCAUCAGGGUGCUGGCACUGCAAACCACUACGACUCAAGUGAAGAGGAUGACGAUGACGAUGACGACGAGGAGGCCGCCCGUGCAGUCCGGGAAGGUUUUAUUGUCGAUGAAGAUGAAGAACUUGAAGACCGCGCGGAGCGCCGGCGGGAGAAGAGGAAGCGACGCAGGGAAGAACGCGAGCGCGAAGAUGAGCAUCUAGAUGAGGAAGACUUGGAACUCAUCGGAGAACUCAACCCGUCACUUCAAGCCCCGGUUGCCGCAGAGUCUAAAUUCAAGCGCUUGAAACGAGGACACAAAGAUCGUGAUCUUCGACAGCCCUCUCAAGGCAUCGACGACAUCUUCAACUCCGAUGAAGAAGAGGAAACUGCAGGCGACUAUGGAAGGCCUGGUCAUAGGAGACAUAUGCAUGAUGAGAUGGACGACUUCAUCGAGGAGGACGUUUUCUCAGAUGAGGAGCUACAGAGGGAGCGAGAGGACCUAGAGAUUGCCCGUCCCGCGAAGAAGGGCAUGACCGGUUUAGGAGCUACUGAUGCUGCUGGAUUAGAUGAAAACGCAUUAGAGGAUAUGCGCGCGGCCUUUGGGGAUGGCAACGAAUACUUGUUUGCUCUGGAGAUGGAGGAUCAAGAGGAAGAGCAGGAGGAAGAUGAAGAGAAACACUUGGAUCUCAAGGAUGUGUUUGAGCCCUCUCAGCUAGCGGAGAAGAUGUUGACGGAAGAGGAUAAUCAGAUCCGUCUGUUGGAUGAACCAGAAAGACAUCAGAUUGCCCGGAAGCCGUAUCGCAACGUUGUCCUCACCGAAGAGCAAUUUCGUGAAGAAGCCGCCUGGAUCUCUAACCUCAUGCUCCUCAAGAAGCGCAUUGAACCCGAGCUGCGCGAACCUUUUCAACGAUCCGUGGCCAAGGUACUUGAGUUCUUAGUGACGGAUGAUUGGGAAGUCCCGUUCAUCUUCCAGCAUCGGAAGGACUACAUGAUUCAUGCUGUCAAAGCUGCUGCCGAGGGUGCCGGAGAAGAUGCUGACGCGUCUCAAUACACGAUACGAGCGGAAAAGCUCUUAAACAUGACGGACCUUUGGGACAUAUUCGACCAUGAUCUCAAGUUCAAGGCUCUGGUAGAGAAACGGAACACGAUACAGAAAACCUAUGAUAAUUUGCAGAGCCUAUUCAACGUGAGUGACUCUGUGGUGGAGGAGAUGCUCCCAGCAGCUGUCACCAUGGAGGAGCUUCAAGAUGUGCAGGAUUACAUUCAUUUCCAGUAUGCGUCUCAGCUGCGGGACAUGACUCUUAUGAACAGCGAUGCCAACGGAGAAACACACCGGCGGAAGGCGUCAAGCAAGACCUUUUUCGAGCGUGUCCGAAAUGGUAAGGCAUACAGCUUGGUGCGUGCAUUCGGCAUUACAGCAGAUGCUUUUGCGCAAAAUGCCUUGAAGGAAGGUCGUCGUCAGUACACGGAAGACCCAGCGGAGAGGCCGGAGGAGAUGGCCGAUGGGUUUGUGGAUAAUGAUUUCUCCAAUGCAUCGCAUGUUAUCAAAGCUGCCAAGAGCUUGUUCGCUGAGGAAAUCGUGAUGAGCCCUAAGAUGCGGAAGGUGAUUCGCCAAGCGUAUUACAUGAAUGGCGCUGUCGACUGCUUCCGAACGGAGAAGGGCCUCCGUAGAAUCGACGAGCAGCACCCCUACUACGAGUUCAAAUACCUUCGAAACCAGCAGCUCAGUGACAUUGCUCGCCGACCGGAGCUUUAUCUUCGCAUGCUUAAGGCCGAAGAGGAGGGCUUGGUGGAAGUCAAGGUCCGCUUUGAGAACUUUGACCAGUUCCGCCAACGACUGUAUCCCGAUAUUGAAUCCGAUAACUAUAGCGAAAUCGCGGACGGCUGGAACCGUAGUCGGCGGGACGUCUUGGACCUGGCUCUUGGUAAGCUGGAGCGAUUGAUCAACCGCAGUGUGAAAGAGAACAUUCGCCAGGAAUGCGAGAACCAUGUGGCAAAGGAAUGCCGAGAAACUUUCUCGCAGCGAUUGGAUCAAGCCCCGUAUAAGCCUAAGGGAAUGGUGCUGGGAACUGUUCCCCGUGUUUUGGCUUUAUCCACCGGGAGUGGCGUUGUGGGACGGGAACCUAUACAUUGGGCCUACAUCGAAGAGGACGGCCGUGUGUUGGAGAAUGGAAAGUUUGUGGACUUGUCAAUCGGAGAUCGUGAUCGUAACAUCCCAGAUGGCAAGGAUGUUGAUGCCUUUGUGGAGCUUGUGGACCGCCGCCGACCAGAUGUCAUUGGCGUCAGCGGCAUGUCCCCCGAGACUCGUCGUUUAUACAAACUCCUAGCUGAGGUUGUCGACAAAAAGGACCUACGCGGCGCCCCGUACACCGAUGACCAUGACGAAGAAAUCAGUGAUCGCUUGGAGGUGGUCAUUGUGAACGACGAGGUGGCGCGCCUCUAUCAGCAUAGUGAACGGGCAAAGAAAGACCACCCCAGCUUUGCCCCUUUAACACAUUACUGCGUUGCCUUGGCUAAGUAUCUGCAGAGUCCCUUGAAAGAGUAUGCUUCGCUCGGCCGGGAUAUCAUCUCUAUUCAGUUCAAGCCGGGUCAGCAGCUGGUCACCCAAGAGCUACUUCUGAAACAAUUAGAAACAGCAUUGGUGGAUAUGGUUAACCUUGUUGGUGUGGACAUCAAUGAAGCGGUUACAGAUUCCUCGACGGCCAACCUUCUUCCUUAUGUUUGUGGUCUUGGUCCUCGUAAGGCAGCUCAUUUGCUCAAGAUCGUCAACAUGAACGGCGGCGUGGUGAACAAUCGUGUAGAACUUCUGGGCGUGAAUGCGCAGUAUCCAGCAAUGGGCGUCAAGGUCUGGAAUAACUGCGCUAGCUUCUUGUACAUUGAUUUCGAGAACGUCGAUCCGGAUGCGGAUCCACUGGACAACACACGAGUGCACCCCGAAGACUACGAUAUUGCUCGGAAGAUGGCCGCCGAUGCCUUGGAGUUGGACGAGGAAGACAUCAAAGCGGAAACGGACGAAAACGGUACAGGCGCCAUCGUGCGUAAACUGUUCCGUGAAGAAGCACAGGACCGAGUCAAUGAUCUGAUUCUGGAGGAAGCUGCAACAACCGUACGAGGAACUGCGGAAGCAUAUGUCUUCCUCAGUACAGAUGACAUCUUUACCAUGCUCACGGGUGAGACAUUGGACACAUUGGCGGAGGGCAUGGUAGUACCGAUCUCCAUUAAGCGAGUCUCUGACGACCACAUUGACGGCAAAUUGGAUUGUGGUAUCGACGCCCUCGUUCCUGAGUCAGAGCUUACCGACCGAUAUGAUAUACCCGUGCGAGCACUAUACUCACCGCAUCAGACCGUGUCGGCCAAGAUACUGUUUUUGAACCGUAAAAACUUCACCUGCAACGUCUCUCUGCGGGAGGAGCAAGUCAGUCGCCCAGUGUCCAACACUCAAGACCGCCUGCGCGGAGAAUGGGAUGACCGGCAAGAGCAACAGGAUCGCGAGUCUUUGCAAGAGAAAACUCAAAGUGGUGGACGAACGAUGCGAGUCAUCAAGCACCCGCUGUUUAGGCCAUUCAACUCGACCCAGGCAGAAGAAUUUCUGGGAUCGCAAAGUCGGGGUGAUGUGGUUAUUCGACCGUCGUCAAAGGGCCAUGACCAUCUGGCUGUGACAUGGAAGGUGGCCGAUGGCAUCUUCCAGCACAUCGAUGUACUGGAGUUGGACAAGGAAAACGAGUUUUCUGUUGGACGGACUCUGAAGGUUGGGGGUCGCUAUACCUACAGUGACCUGGAUGAUUUGAUCUUCAACCAUGUUAAAGCGAUGGCCAAGAAGGUGGACGAAAUGAUGCUGCAUGAAAAGUACCAGGACGGCACCAAGGAUGCUACGUAUUCUUGGUUGGAGACUUAUACGAAAGCUAACCCUAAACGAUCCGCCUAUGCUUUCUGUAUUGAUCCCAAACAUGCCGGAUACUUCUUCCUCUGCUUUAAAGCCGGCGAAAACGCGCGACUGCAUAUCAUGGCGGCUAUGGAGGAGUUGGAGAUCCACAGCAAGUCCUACUUUGUUCGUUGGGUUAAUGUUAAACCUGGUCACACGAUCUCCUGGAGCAUUCAACCGCAUAGGAAGUCUCUCAACUUUGGCAUCUUCAAGCAUCCGGGCCAUUCGGCCGUCCUGGGAUCCAACAAUUCGCCCCCUGCCGACUCGCACAGCACGGACUCGAAUGAAAACCUGCCAGCCACCGCUCUGAAUGCUAACUCCCGACAAAAUGCUUCCACGCCGAUUAUUGAACGACUAACGGGCAUUGGACUGAAACAAAUUCAUUGGAUUGGCAAAUGCGAGGCUGACAAGAUUGUCAAGGGCACCUACGACGUGCCUGCGAAUGAGGGUGGAAAUUACGCGCUCGUUUUUGACAAUACCUUCUCUAAACAGAUCUCUAAGACUGUGACUCUCGUGCUACUUACCUAUCCAACAGCCUUGUCCCCACAGUCGGCACCAGUACCCCACGCAGCGGUUCUACCGUCUCGUGGAACCGACUCCUCAGAAUCUGGAAAGCCACUGGCUUCGCGAAGACGAGGAAACAGCUCCGCGAAGGUUCUACCGCCAUCUAUCAACACUAAUCCGGCCUCAGUUCACACCGACCCCGGCGGCGGAAGAAAGCAUCCCGAACCCCUGCUGCGCGUACCGUCACAGCGUGUUCUCACCAAUGCUGCGGAGGAGCGGGAAUGGGCGCAGGUUGAGAGCCUCGUGAGCAAGAUAUCUGGAUCCAGGGAUGCUGUACGCCGAUUGGCCAAGGAUACCGAUCCAAAAUACUUGAGCUACAGCGCUCCUGAGCGGCCUCGCGGUCGGUCACCAAGUCCACAUCCCGAGACAAAUGGCGAUGAGUCUUUCGAGGCGCGUGAGAAGCGUUCCUUCUGGAAACGGAAAGCCAGUGGAAGUUCCCAACUGGGUGGAGUCAAACGCACGACGAACACGCCCUCCUCCACGCAACUAGUGGUGCCAGGUCCCUCCUCUGGAGACACUGCUUCGCUCUCAGGUGACCGUAAACCGAGUAGCAUCACCAGCCACCCAGAUCAGAUGGAAGAGAUACAUGACCAUCUGAUGGCCGUGCUACGCGAUCUAGACAGUGCCGUUACCGAAUUCUCGACCUUGAUCGCGGAAAGCAAACAUCGACGACAUCCACCCGGCCUGACAACUCAGUCUCGACUCAGCAUAGAAUCGGAUUUGUCUCAGGAGUUCUUCGAUGCUGUCGACGGAGGCAGUUCGUCUCCGCUGUUAAAGAUAAAGGGUGAUAGUGAUGACGAAGGGGCAGCUGACUUUACCGAUGCUACUGCCCGGCAGGCGGAGGAUAAAGUCGUGGUGGACGACGCGCCGUCGGACAGUGACGAUGAAGCCUCUGAAACUCCCACGCCUCAGGGUGAUCGAUACGCCCCGCUGUUUCCUCCCAACCAAUCACUCACUCCUUUGCCGCUCAGCAAAGUUCCUCGUCGUUCGAACAUUCCCGCCCCGACAGUUAUGCCUCCCAGUUUGAUCGGGUUCCUCCGCAAGAACGUCGGUAAAGACCUUUCCCAAAUCUCGAUGCCAGUGUCCUCUAACGAGCCGUUUUCCUUGUUACAACGUGCGGCCGAGGUGAUGGAAUAUUCCAUGCUGCUAGACCAUGCUGCUAGCGCUUCCGAUGCAGUCGAACGGCUUAUGUAUGUGACUGCCUACGCACUCUCAUCACUGUCUUGCAACCGGGUCAAGGAGCGGUCCAUUCGGAAGCCCUUCAAUCCCAUGCUAGGAGAGACAUACGAGCUUGUCCGCGAAGAUCUCGGGUACCGAUUCAUUGCAGAGAAAGUUUCUCACCGGCCCGUGCAACUAGCCUACCAAGCUGACAGUAAGGAUUGGAGUGUUGCGCAAUCACCCAUGCCAACGCAGAAAUUCUGGGGGAAAUCCGCAGAGAUUGUGACCGAAGGAAAGAUGAGAUUAACACUACAUACGACCGGUGAGCAUUUCAGUUGGUCCAAUGCCACGUCUUUCCUGCGCAACAUCAUCGCAGGUGAGAAAUAUUCCGAGCCUGUCGGCGAAAUGUCGGUUGUGAACGAGACGACUGGACAGAAAACCGUGUCGACCUUUAAGGCAGGAGGCAUGUUCUCCGGCCGCAGCGAGGAGGUCGUCACGAAAGCACUGGACUCUAGCGGUCGUGAAUUACCUCUCGGGCUAACGGGUACCUGGACCACUUCACUCCAGAUGACUAAGAAUGGCUCUGCCACAGCACCUGUGUGGAAUGCCGGGCCGUUGGUAUCCAACGCACCAAAGCACUACGGCCUCACUGUAUUCGCAGCCACCCUCAAUGAGAUCACCCCAAUCGAAGAUCACAAGCUUCCGCCGACGGACUCGCGCCUCCGCCCCGACCAACGGGCCUUGGAAGACGGUGACGUUGACCGGGCAGAGGAAGUUAAGGUCAAGCUGGAAGAAUCCCAACGUGCCCGCCGCCGCGAGAUGGAAUCAGCAGGUCAAUCGUGGAAUCCAAAGUGGUUUACCCGGGUGGACGAUGAUCUUGCCGGAAAUGAAGGCGAAGUCGUGUGGCGUCUAAAGUCGGGUAAAGAGGGAUAUUGGGAAGAACGGUCGAAAGGAACUUGGGCCGGUGUGGUUCCAGUGUUUGAAACGUAA